CACCAUCUCUUCGUGACUAAAAACAGGAGUGACUAUUAUUCUCAUCACCAAUCAACAUGAGUGCUGUUUUUAAAUUUUCUUAUAUCUCUUCCCUCUACCUCACCUUUUGCUUACUUCUUGUGCUGGCCUUAUCAGCUAAAAACUAUGAUGCUACGUUAUGCCAUGAUGAUGAAAGACAAGCACUACUCCAGUUCAAGAGCGGCCUCGUUGACGAAGCAGAUCGACUUGCUUCUUGGGUUGGUGAAACGAGCGAUUGUUGCAAGUGGGCUGGGAUCCUUUGUGAUAACAUUACGGGUCAUGUUCAAAAGAUUCAUCUACCUGGUAAAUGCAGUAUCGAUUACAGCACAACCAAAAGGUACGAUGAAUCCAUAAGGCAGAGGUUGAGAGGGGAUAUAAGUCGAUCCAUCUUGUAUCUGAAGCAACUCGAGCAUCUAGACUUGAGUUGCAAUGAUUUCAGGGGAAUCCAAAUUCCUAGGUUUAUGGGUUCUCUUGGAAACUUGAGAUAUCUUAACCUCUCACAUUCUAGUUUUGGUGGAACAAUUCCUCCUCAAUUGGGGAAUCUGACAGAAUUGGAGGUCCUUUGUCUUGGCAGUUCUUAUAAUGCAUUUGAAGCUACUAGCAUAAUUAAUAUGCAGUGGUUAUCAAGUAUGCGUUCACUGCGUCACCUGGAUAUGAGUGGUGUAUACCUCACAGAAGCAAGUGAUUGGUUUCAGGUGAUUAACACUCUCCCUUCAUUGGCCCAACUGCAUUUAAGUAGUAGUGGGCUGCCUGACAUACAUCCCAAUGUUGCUAGUCUUAAUCUCACAUUCCUUUCCUCACUUGAUCUUUCUUAUAACAACUUCAAUAAGAAUUUCAUGCCACAAUGGAUUUUCAGCAUAACUAGUCUUGUUUCAUUAGAUUUAAGUGGGUGUCAUUUCAGUGGUCCUCCUAUUCCUAGUAGCACCAGUAGCUUCCAUAACUUGACUUCUUUGAAGUUUCUUCACAUCUCUGAAAAUGAGUUCAUGAGUUCUUCAUUAGUACUAAAGGAGCUGUCUAGCAUAGGUGGUAAUCUGAUUUCAUUAGAUAUGGGUUCCUGUGGUGUUAAGAGUGCAACUCUUGAUUCCCUUCACAACUUGACUUCUCUUCUUAGUCUUGACCUAUCAGGAAAUCAACUCACAAGCACAAUACCUAAAUCACUGGGUAACCUUUGCAAUUUGAGACAUAUCGAUAUGGGUGGUAACAGUUUUCAAAACAUUAGUUUAACAAGCCUACUUAGAAGUUUUUUGGAUUGCAAAUCACCAAGCCUUGAAUCAUUAUAUCUCGAGUCCUCACAGCUAUCUUGUUCUUUACCCGAUCAACUUGAACAACUGGUAAACUUAGUGCACCUCGACCUAGCAUACAAUGGUAUUUCUGGACCAAUUCCAGAGUCAAUAGGAAACCUAUCAUUUUUGAGAUUACUGUAUCUUGAUGGGAAUCUUAUCUCUGGUCCAAUUCCAUACUCUGUCGGAGGACUAUCAUCAUUGGAGACGUUAGCUCUUUCACAUAACCAUUUGACUGGUACCCUUCCUGAAAGCCUGGGUCAACUUUCUAAGUUGAAGUUUUUAGAUCUCUAUCACAAUUUAUUGACAGGUGUCGUGACAGAUGUUCAUUUUUCCAAACUUAUAGGAUUGAAAAACCUAGACGGAAGUGGAAACAACUUAACCCUUAGACCACACCAUGCAAACUGGGUUCCCUCUUUCCAACUAGAAAUCUUGUACAUAAGUUCUUGGGAUUUGGGGCCUCAAUUUCCAUUGUGGCUGCUAACGCAGAGAGAUUUAUCAUGUUUGGAUAUGAGAAAUACAAAGAUAUCAUCAACCAUGCCUGAAUCGUUUUGGAGGUCAUUCCCCAAUCUAGAAGAACUAGAUAUGUCUCAAAAUCAAAUUCAAGGAAGGUUGUUUGAAAUCCCAGCAACACUUCAUGAAGUUGACUUGAGUUCUAAUUUGUUUAGCGGGAAAUUGCCUAAACUUUUCAACAGUUCAAUGUUAAAUGUCCUCGAUCUAUCAAAUAAUUCCUUUACAGGAUCACUAUUUCAUUUAUUGUGUUCUUGGGGUGGGAAUGUGAUAACAGUUCUUAAUCUAGCAAAUAAUCAUUUGUCUGGUGCCAUUCCCGAUUGUUGGGUGAAGUGGCAGAGUUUGACAUUCUUCAACUUGGAGAACAACAAUCUGUCUGGUGUAAUUCCGACAACUAUGGGAUAUUUAUCUUCUCUCGUGUCAUUGAAUAUGUGCAAGAACAAGUUGUCUGGAAGACUACCUGCUUCUCUAAAGUGCUUGAAAGAAUUACAAAUCCUUGAGUUUGCUUCAAAUGAACUUGUUGGGAGCAUUCCAACAUGGAUUGGGACAGAACUUUUAGAUUUGAGAAUUCUAAACCUCCGAUCAAACAAUUUUGAUGGAACCAUAUCUCAUGAGCUCUGUUAUCUUACAGCUAUUCAUAUCUUGGACUUCGCUCAUAAUAAUCUAUCAGGAAAUAUUCCAAGAUGCUUCAACAACUUUACUGUCCUGUCUAAGAAAGAAACUACCGAAAUUAAUCCAGUUUCGAUGAUAUUUGGCUUUAGCAUUGGGAUUAUUGAAAUCACAAAUAGUGCUUCAUUGGUGAUGAAGGGGCAAGAGUACACAUAUAGCACUAUUCUUGGUUUGGUGAUGGUUUUGGACCUUUCAGGUAACAAACUUUCUGGGAGCAUUCCAGUUGAGCUAAUGGCCCUUCAGGCAUUACAAUCGUUAAACAUAUCAAAUAAUCAGUUGACAGGAGUUAUACCAAAGAAUAUUGGAGACAUGAAGUUUCUUGAAUCAUUCGAUGUAUCUUCAAACCAUCUGUCUGGGGAGCUUCCUAUGAGCUUGUCAAGCUUGACUUUCUUGAGUAGCUUCAAUGUGUCUUUCAACAACUUGACUGGAAGAAUCCCAUCAAGCACACAGCUACAGAGCUUCAAUGAAUCCAGCUUCUUCGGCAACAAACUCUGUGGAGUUCCAUUGACUACGCUUUGUGGAGAAAUAGAGCAUCAUAAAGAUCAACAAGAAGGUGAUACGUCACAUGGAGUGGAUUUUGGAUUGAUUAUUAGCAUCUUGCUUGGAUUUUUUGUUGGGUUUUGGUCCAUUGUCAUUCCCCUGAAUGUUGGAACAAUUUGGAUUUCGUUGUAUAAAUUGAGGUAUAUGUUGGGUUGUUAAUCAUA